UUUCCCAUUAAUCAUAUUGUUUCUUCCGUUUUAGUCUUCGGGUUUUGCGUUUUAUUUGCUAUAAUCAUCAUGGAGCUCUUUCUGACAGCUUUUAUUGCCCUUGCUCUUUCCUUCUUGAUAGCCAAGAUUGUUUCUUUGGCUACUGGGGCUGGUGCCUCUGUUUCUGGCGUGGAUGGAAAGCCUGUGACUGAUGCUGAUGAUGCGAUUAUCAUGCAAGAGUUUGAAUUCUCUCACAAAUUGAAAGCACAGCGAACUGAAAGUGAAAAGAAAGUUGAUUUGGUUAAGGAAUGCGGUGAUAAUAAGGUUGAUGUUUUUGAAUCAGAACAAGCUGGGGUUGAUGAUCAGGGUUUUAAAAGUGAGAAGAAAGUUGAAGAAAGCAGUGAAAAGGUAGAAGAUCAGUUUGAAGCCGUAUCGAAAGUUGAAGGCUUUGAAAGUGGCAAGGAAGUUGAAUUUGUGCAAGAAACAGCCAAGAAAGUCGAUGAUCUUGGAGCCGAACAAGCCAGGGUGGAUGAGUUGAAACUCGAUGAGAUUCUUCUCGAAAAGAAGAUUGAAAAUAUUGGUGAAGAAACAGAGGCUGAAAAAGAAACCAAAGUGCAGAGUCAAAUGAAGGGGCUAGGAGAAGAAGAAAAGAAAGUGAAAAUAGAGAAUGGUGAUGAUGACGACGACGAUGAUUGGGAAGGGAUAGAGAAGAGUGAAUUGGAUAAGGUUUUUGCAGCAGCUGCCAAGUUCAUUGAGGAUUACGGGGAUUUGGGUACGAGUAAUGAUUUUCAAAUGGAACUUUAUGGACUCCACAAGAUUGCAACAGAAGGGCCUUGUCGUGAGCCUCAGCCAAUGGCUUUCAUGGCUUCUUCUCGCUCCAAAUGGAAUGCUUGGCAGAGGCUGGGGAACAUGAACCCAGAGGCAGCUAUGGAGAAGUAUGUUACCCUUCUUUCAGACAAAGUUCCAGGGUGGAUGGAAGACAAUUCUGAUGGAGAGCGAAAUUUUCAAUCUGCAGACAGAGGAGUUCCCGGUUCCAUUGCUCCAGAUAAGCAGGCCAUUUUUAUGCAUGAAAGGAAUACAGGCUUGAACGCUACUUCAGGAGGUGGUGACAUAAUUGAGAGCACAAGCUCUGAGAAGCAGGUUAAAGACUGACUAGCAUUGCCCCGACUCAUCUUCUCAAUCACAGGGGCCAUUCUCCUGUGUUUGCUUGGACAAGAACAAGACUAUAUUUCACUUACCAAUUAUAAAUAUCCACCUAGACUGAAUAAUCUAUCAGGUCGUUUAUCUGUAUCCUGCUUGUAAACGAUGUCGUGUGGUUAAAACCAUAACUGUCGAGUCUUGUUGUGUAUGUAAAUAAAAAGGGAAGCACCCAUGUUUGUAAUAACUCAGAUGCUGUUGUGUGAAUUUACCUUAAGCUGUCCUGGUUUAAUGCUUGCGUCAUUU